AUGGCCUUAACUCCAGAUGAAAAUUACUAUUCCAACACAAGAGAAUUACAGAACCAUCUCUUAAGCAGUCCGCUUCACUUCCCGGAGGUUAAGCAGCGCCAGAGAUCAACAGAACUGGCCAAUGCAUUUCUCCCUGAAGGCCUCUGGGCAGCUUCCAGCUUCAGAGAUCCCAAAGCUAUCGAUGGGUUGAGCUCCAAGACAGCCAGACACCGGAGACUACUUGGCCUCAGGGAUCAUGGACCCUUCUUUUAUGUGGGAGGAUCAAAUGGAGCAGAUCUAGUGGCUAAUUACUGCGAGAUCAAGGGAUGGAAGAGAAUCUAUGACAACAACCGAGGGGACUAUUUAUUCAAAUGGUCCGAGCACAAAAUGGCUACCAACUACCAGAACUUCCAACCAGGUAGGCAGAUUCUCAGCCAGAUCCCAAACAACAGGAUACUGACCACUAAAGUAGGUCUCUGCACUUCCCUCAAGGAGUAUGAGAGAAUAGCAAUGAGAUAUUCAAAGGGCGUGAAUUCACACAAGACCAUCAAAUUGGGUGAGUUUUUCCCCGAGUCGUACUGCAUGGAUGUGAAAAGUGAGCAACAGGCUUUCUUUGAUGCCUACAAAGCUGGUCAGAUUUGGAUUUGUAAACCUGGCAAUUUACAAGAGGGACGAGGAAUCUUCCUCCUCAGGUCCAGGGAUGAUGUGAAAGUACUCCGUGAAAAGCUGCAAAGUGUGGAACACAACCCGCUGCUCAAGCCUACACAGUAUAAUUCCAUCGUCCACAGGGUGGUGCAGAGAUACAUCAGCCGACCACUGCUCUUAGAUGGCAGGAAGUUUGAUGUCCGCUCCUUCUUCCUGAUCGCCUGUACCUCACCAUAUAUGGCCUUCUUUCACCAUGGUUACGCCAAGUCAACCUGCAACGUAUAUAGCCCAGCUUCCGAUGAUCUGACAACUCACCUGACCAAUCAGUUCAUUCAGAGAAAGAACCCCAGGUACAAGGACAUGAAGGAAGACACAAUCUGGUCCAUGGAACGCUUGAAUGACUACAUUAAUGAGAAGUACAUGGAAUCGAAACAUCUCCCAAAGGACUGGGUCUUCAUUGAUUUUACAAGGAGAAUGCAGGAGAUCAUGAAAACUUGUUUAAAUUGUGCCAAGACCAAACUGGACUCAAAAUUGGGCUUCUUUGACCUCAUGGGCUGUGAUUUUAUUAUUGAUCAAAAUUUCAAGGUCUGGUUACUGGAGAUAAAUGCCAACCCAUCUCUACAGAGACACUCUUCUGUACUCCAGUCUCUCAUUCCCCGGCUGGUCUAUGAGACUCUUGAUGUAGUAAUUGAGAUAUUCAAGAAAAGCAGAAAAGGGCUGCUCACCUUACCACUAGAGUCACAAAGGGAGUUUGUGCUAAUCUACAAUGGCAUGCAAAGGGGACAGAAGUCAAUACCAGGGAGAGAAGAUAAGAUUUCCCCGAUGUUUCUUAAACAAACUUCACAGCCAAAAUGUUUGGUGAAAAGCCCUGUCAGAAAGCAGGAAGAGUUUCGGUUGAUGUCGGACCACAAUGAAGUUGAAAGGGAAAGUCUUCUGAAGGUCUCUUCCCCACCACCCAGUGGACAGCUGCCGAGCAUUACCCAGAUCCAGAGCCUGUCCUGUAUGAGACACAUGGUGAAAGCCAACAACCCACCGUCUGCCAGCCAGACGGCAUACUUGAAGGAGUGGAGAACUGAGGCUGAAGGCCUGAUGAUCCCCAUGUCAGCUGUUCCUCCGUUCAACAGAAAAUUCACACAGAUACCCCAAAAAAGUACAAGUCUGGAAAUGUCUGAGCCGGCGGAGAGAUUCCCCGUUCACAACAAACACAAGUUUCUGAGCCGGCGGAGAGAUUCCCGUUCACAACAAACACAAGUGUCUGAGCCGGCGGAGAGAUUCCCCGUUCACAACAAACACAAGUGUCUGAGCCGGCGGAGAGAUUCCCGUUCACAACAAACACAAGUGUCUGAGCCGGCGGAGAGAUUCCCCGUUCACAACAAACACAAGUGUCUGAGCCGGCGGAGAGAUUCCCCGUUCACAACAAACACAAGUGUCUGA